CAACUUUGUUCGAAAGAUCCAAAAACCUUGUGCUCAUUACUAUCAUGGGCCCAGAAACAAGUAAAGAGAUCAACAUUCAACAAUGGUCCCAAACAUUACAUGAAUCCAGAUUCCUAUAUCCACACACAUUAUCUAUCUUCUUCACACCUUCCUUCUAGUUCUCAACACAACAAUGGAUCAAAAGCUAGUACAAGUAUCCGAUCACCUAGUACGCCUAGAUUUCAUUCUCGGUACAAAGUGCAGAGCCACCGUCCGAUUAAGAUCACUCAUCUCCACCACCACAAUCGCCUUCAAAGUCCAAACAUCAUCCCCUCACAACUUCCUGGUCAACCCACCCAGUGGACUCAUCCCCCCUUUGUCUCAAACCACCUUCCAAAUCAUCCUCAAACCACAACCUCAAAUCCCAUCUUCUUACCCGCGUUCUGCCACUGACCGCUUUUUAAUCCGAACCAUUCGGGUUGGAUCAUCUGACUCGGUUAACCCGGAUACCAUCACUUCCUGGACACAUGAUGUUAAGCUGAAAGUAGCAUUUGUUGGCCAGUUUUUGCUAAAACACGCGGUGAGUAACGGCGACUGUGAGGCUGUUAGGAGUAUGGUUAAGCUUCAGAGGACGGUGUUAAGCGAAUUGUCGGUUCGUGAGGCUGAGUUGCUCUACCGAGUGGCGAACAGGUUGGAUAACUCGGUUGACAUGGUGAGUUUACUACUCGGGGCCGGUUUGAAAGUGGAGGGAACUAGUUUAGAAGAGGUGGAGGAAUGUAGAUGGGCGGAGAAAGGGUGGUCGGAGUUACACGUGGCAGUGGCGUUUGAUCGGACGGAUGAGGUUUCGAGAUUGAUAAAGAUGGGGGAGCAUUGGACGUUGGAGUGUAAAGAUCGAGAUGGACGGACGCCGUUGUAUUUGGCGGCGAGUAAAGGGUAUGAGAGGUGUGUUAAAGUGUUGGCGGGUGCUGGUGCUAAUGUGGACGCUAGGCGUAAUGAUGGUUGUACGGCUUUGUAUAGGGCGGCCAUGAAGGGGAACCGUCGGAUGGUCAAAGUGCUGAUUGACUUGGGAGCGGAUCCUUCGAUUGUAGCCGAUGAUAGGCACCGCUCGGCCAUAGAUGUCGCCCGCGAUGAAGGAUAUAACGAAAUUGUUGAAACUCUAGAACGAGGGGAAGAUGUGUUGAAUGCUGCACGACGUGGAGAUAUCGUUCGUCUUGAAUCUUUGCUAGAGAGAGAUGCAAGCGUGGAUUUUCGAGAUCAAUAUGGUUUGACCGCUAUUCAUAUGGCAGCAAUAAAAGGCUACAAAGAUGUGGUUAUGUUGUUGGUUGAGUUUGGUUCUGAUCUGGAAUGCACGGAUGCUGAGGGCCGCACGCCGCUACAUAUGGCGGUGGUUGGCGGUUGCAAGGAUACGGUGGAAGUGCUGAUUAACAGAGGAGCAAAUUUGAAUGCCAAGUGUAAUAGAGGAGCAACACCUUUACAAGUUGCUCACAAAAUGGGGUAUGACAGUAUAACACAAUAUCUACUUGAUAGUUGAUACCCAUAUCAUGUUUAGUUAUUGAUGAUAUAAUUUGACUGACAUUUCAUAUAAAAAUAAAUAAAAAAAAGUUAUUCCAUUUCUGGUUUUUUUUUUUUUUUUUUUUUUUUUUUUUUUUUUUUUUUUUUGAGCAUCAUGGUUUAAUAACUUAAAGGUAGAUGAUACAUAAUACUUAGUGAGAAACUUUUGUUUAUCUUUUGGUUUCCGGACGCCAAAAACCUUUCCGACCAACUAGGAAUCGCUGCUGAUGUAAGCUAGUUGACCAGU